ACGUCGCGUCAGCGACGAUGACGUGCAUACGACCGGUUACCGGGCCAGUGAAUCGUUCGUUUCCACGCAUAGCUGCUUUUCCAAUUUUUUUUUUUUUUUCUUUCUUUUCUUUUCAUACGCGCGACAACCACAUCAGGCUUAUGAAUCCGGAGGUGGAUGUGAAUCGUAAUAAAUAUUCCGUUUCGCUGAAAUAACAGAGACGCGUGUCAUGUUUGCGUCGUGAAUUGUGCAUGAAGAAUCGUACUCUUGAUUGCCGCGUCGAUUGUAGUCGACAGCAGAACGUGGGAAAUAUUAAUUGGCAAAAAAAGGCGAAUCGAAGAAGUAAAGCAAGAAUAUUAUUCGCAUCGCAAAGUUCGAUCUCGGCAAACUCAGGAAGGCCAAUCUCUUGAUUGUUCGCGCGUGACAACAAGAUCACGACGGGAGAAAAUGAUCAACAAACACCGGUGAUCUACACGCGAGAGGAUUUACUCGUCGCAUGACUUGAUAGUUUGCUAAUAGAAAUACAUUGCUAAACACGUGCGAUCUGGUAAUAUCUAGCGAUGAAACUACAAGGGCGAUCUACGUAAACACAGAACCGAUUUAAAUUAAUUACGAAAGAAGGUGUGGAAUCUAGCCGACUAAUCCGACCGGUUCGUUCGUUUCCCAACCUACAGUGGAACAUUUCGAUUAUAUGACAGACCAGAGAACAGAUUUCCUCUCACGAUCAGUGAUGGAACACCGCUUGAUCAAGGAUUAUCGUUCGCUGAUCUUUCGAUCUCUUCUGGAUAAGAAAACCUCAACGACUGAAAUUCAUUCAACAUUGCUGGUACAUUUUAACGACUCGUGAACGUUUGACGACGUGGUGAAUUUUGAAGUGUUGUUAACGGAUACGAAGGAGGGGAUUUUGUUCGGGGGUUUCGAAAUUUCCAAGUUGGAGAUGUCGACGCCGGUAUAUCGCGACCAAUGGAACGUUCAGGCGUCAGAUAUCGCGAGAAGAACACACAACCCCAUAAGAUCCAUCGUGGAAUGUCUCGUGGUCGAGCCUAAUCCUGCUAAGUCCAUGAUCUCGUUAUCCAUCGGUGAUCCAACUACUUUUGGAAAUUUAAAACCACCCAAAGAAGUAAUUGAUGCUGUUCAACAAAGUCUCGUUUCUCAAUUGUAUAAUGGAUACGCACCUAGCACAGGUCACCAAAGCGCAAGGGAAGCCGUAGCGGAAUAUAGUUCCAGCGAAUUCGUAAAAGUGGAUGCUAAGGAUGUAAUUUUAUGCAGCGGAUGCUCCUGCGCUCUCGACCUCUGUAUAACAGCGUUAGCACGAAGGGGGCAAAAUAUUCUGAUACCGCGACCCGGUUUCUCGAUCUAUCGAACACUUGCAGAAGGUCUUGGUAUCAACGUAAAAUCCUAUGAGUUACGCCCUGAACUCGGCUGGGAGAUCGAUCUGGACAACUUGGAAUCACAGAUCGACGAAUUCACCGCGGCGAUCAUUAUAAACAAUCCUUCGAACCCGUGCGGUUCCGUAUUUAGCAAGGAUCACACACUCGACAUUCUCGACGUAGCCGCUCGUUACUACAUACCAAUUAUUGCCGAUGAAAUUUACGAGCAUAUGGUGUUCCCAGGACGGACUUUCCAUUCGUUAGCAUCUUUGUCGAAGGAAGUUCCUAUUUUGUCAUGUAGCGGCCUGACGAAGAGAUUUUUAGUGCCCGGCUGGCGUAUGGGCUGGAUAAUCAUUCACGAUCGUCAAAACGUGCUGGAGAAGGAGAUAAGGAAAGCGCUUCGUUGUCUAAGUCAGAGAAUUAUCGGCAGCAACACGCUUAUUCAAGGUGCGUUGCCCGCUAUUCUGAAGAACACGCCACAGGAAUUUUACGAUGGCGUCGUUAGAAUGUUGCAUGAUCACUCGAAAACGGCGUACAACUGUGUGAAGAAAAUCUCAGGGUUGAAACCAAUAAUGCCCGACGGAGCAAUGUACAUGAUGGUUUACAUAGAUCUACCUUGUUUUCCGGAAUUUAAUUCCGACCUCGAAUUCGUGCAACGAUUGCUAAUGGAGGAGUCUGUGUUUUGCCUUCCUGGCCAGUGCUUCGAUUAUCCGUCGUACAUGAGGCUGGUCAUCACGGUGCCCAUAGAUAUGUUGGAGGAGGCCUGUCAGAGAAUACAGGAAUUCUGCGAGAGGCAUCACUAUAAAACAGCCGAAGAUACGCAAAGAAGCAACUUAAUUGCCGCGGAAAUUCCAUAUUAAAGAGUAUACGUGAUUUAGUUAAUUUCGUUGUCUUAUUAUUUAUAUUACUUCGCGUUGGUGCAUAGGUGUGAACUGAAAUGUCAUUCUUUUCAAAUAAUAUUUUCAUUACACGUAGUUUCCUUGAAACGUGAUACGUUUAAUAGAAAUAUAAUAAUUUUCAUAUGA